GUCAAGACCACCAUGACAAAGCAAGAUUUAGAUUUCAACACGUGGCCUUCCUUUCCCCACAUUAUUAUUUAUUUAUUCUAAAUAAUUAUUAUUCAUCGAAUUUCCCCCCUGAUCUAAUUGUACUUCUACCACCUGAAACUUUUGAUUAUUUCAUAUUAGAACAAUUCUGGUGUAAUAUUUGUUCUCAAAUCCGUCCCCAACCAGGACAUAUAUACACACGGCUACUGUGUCCAUGUCGCUACUGCCACCUAGUGACGUGUGAGCUCACUACAAUAUUAGGUUUAUCCUUGAAGGCCUGGUCAUAAUGAAAAGGGCAAAUACCGACUAAAUCGAUAUGAGUUGACUGUCUUAAGCGAGAGGAAGAGGGUGAAGGAGCCCUGGCUUUUAUGUCGCCCUGUGUUGCAUAUCAGAUUUCUUUUCAGCCUCUGCAAAAGAACUGAGGAGAAGAAAAUGAGAUCUGUCCUCAUAAUAUAUCAUGAUAUAAAGGUUAUAUAAAUGGCAUCCAGUGGAGGAGAGACACGUGUUACUACGUGGUACAGAUGUUGUCCUACAGAGAGAUUAAAACAGAAUGACAGCGUCCUUUCCGCAUGAAAGCUUCUACCAGCCUCGGCCUGCAAGGACCAAGACUCCAGUGUCCACACAGAGCCAAUCAUUCUCGGCUUAAUGUUUAAUGCUUAAUCCGGUCAGUGUCAUAAAGGAUGCAGCCAUUUUUUGAUAUGCACGAAGCAGUGGCGACACAUGAUGACUUGGUAUGUACCAUGUAGCAAAUGACAUCGAAGGCAAAAUUUACGACAGCUGGUUUCUGCUCCUCUACUGCGGGGAUCUGAAGGAGCGCAUCCACCUCCUCCGUUGCAGCGAUGCGCAGCCGUGCCGCAUGACUCACAGCGGCGCAAAUGGCACGGAUGUAAACAGGGGGCGGGCGCAGGUAGGCCUAACCUGCACCUGUUCGUCCAAUGGAAGGCAGCGUUCCUCCACUACCCCAUCCCUUCCUCUCUCCAAACCUCGUCAUCCCAUUGGUCCACCGUCGCGUCAAUAAAGGGCGAGGGGAGCCAGUAGGCGCAGCUUCGUGGAAAAGAAGAAGCUGAGGGGGGUGUAGGGGGAGAGAAAAAAAUGAUUAAUCUGUCAAAGGCGAAUUUGUUUUGGAGAUGAGAGCGCACUGACAUCCAACCGAGCAAAACGUUAGGAGCCCCCACCGCCAGGCACAGCGUCAAUUGAUGCGCGGGGUUUUUCUGGGAGACGGGGGUCACGCCGAUGCUCCGCCAUAGCAGGUGGUUCUUGUGUAAUCGUCCCGGGUCUCGUCGCUCGUCUCCGCUGCCUGAUCUGUCGUUUCAGCACUGGACAGCGACCAGGACCGAGGGCCGCUGAGAACACCGAGGGAAUCCUGAGGCGGGUCGGUGCGACCAUCGCUUGGCUCGGGGCAAUGCGCGGCUAGAUGAAUUCACUACAUCAACAAGCACCGCGGUAUCCCGGACUAAUAUAGCAGAGUCGCACACCCCCACCCCUCUCUCUCUCCUCUGUCCUCUUCUCUCUCUCGCCAUUCACUGAUUCCGAGUCCCUCCGUCCAGAGGCACCAUGGGAAACCGUGGCAUGGAGGACCUGAUCCCGCUGGUCAACAAGCUGCAGGAUGCCUUCAGCUCCAUCGGCCAGGCCUGCAACCUGGACCUGCCGCAGAUCGCGGUGGUCGGCGGCCAGAGCGCGGGGAAGAGCUCCGUGCUGGAGAACUUUGUCGGCAGGGACUUUCUACCCCGUGGAUCUGGUAUUGUCACCCGUAGGCCACUGGUUCUGCAGCUUAUCAGCGCCAAUGCAGAAUGGGCUGAGUUCCUCCACUGCAAAGGGAAGAAGUUCACAGACUUCGAUGAGGUUCGCCAGGAGAUCGAGGCGGAGACGGAUCGAGUCACUGGGGGCAACAAAGGCAUAUCUGCCGUCCCCAUCAAUCUGCGGGUUUACUCCCCACACGUGCUGAACCUGACUCUCAUCGAUCUACCGGGGAUCACGAAGGUGCCGGUGGGAGACCAGCCUGUAGACAUCGAGUCGCAGAUCAAGGAGAUGAUCAUGCAGUUCAUCACCAGAGAGAGCUGCCUGAUCCUGGCCGUCACUCCGGCCAACACUGACCUGGCCAACUCUGAUGCCCUGAAACUGUCGAAGGACGUCGACCCCCAGGGAACGAGAACCAUUGGAGUUAUCACCAAACUGGAUUUGAUGGAUGAGGGCACAGACGCCCGAGAUGUGCUGGAGAACAAGCUGCUGCCGCUGCGAAGAGGUUACAUUGGAGUGGUGAAUCGCAGUCAGAAGGACAUCGAUGGCAAGAAAGACAUCAAGGCGGCGAUGGACGCGGAGAGGAAGUUCUUCCUGUCCCACGCGAGUUACAGGCACAUGGCUGAAAAGAUGGGCACCCCCCGCCUGCAGAGAGUACUCAAUGAGCAACUGACCAACCACAUUCGGGACACCCUGCCAGCUUUCCGCAGCAAGCUGCAGUCCCAGCUGUUGGCUCUGGACAAGGAGGCCGAGGAAUACCGUGGAUACCGACCUGAUGACCCGUCUCGUAAAACCAAGCAGCUGUUGCAGAUGGUGCAGCAGUUCUCUGUGGACUUUGAUAAGAGGAUUGAGGGUUCAGGGGACCAGGUGGACACGGUGGAGCUGUCGGGCGGAGCAAAAAUCAACCGCAUCUUCCACGAGCGUUUCCCCUUUGAACUGGUCAAGAUGGAGUGUGAUGAGAAGGAGAUGCGACGCGAGAUCAGCUACGCCAUCAAGAACAUCCAUGGUAUCAGGACCGGACUCUUCACCCCCGACAUGGCGUUCGAGGCCAUAGUGAAGAAGCAGGUCAUAAAGCUGAAGGAGCCCUGUGUCAAGUGUGUGGACAUGGUCAUCCAGGAGCUGAUUAACACUGUGCGCCAGUGCUCCAACAAGCUGGAAUGUUUCCCGAGGCUGCGCGAGGAAACUGAGAGAAUUGUGACCUCUCAUAUCCGAGACAGAGAGAGCCGCGCCAAGGACCAGGUUCUGCUGUUAAUCGACAUCCAGCUCUCUUACAUCAACACUAACCACGAGGACUUCAUUGGCUUUGCUAAUGCGCAGCAGAGGAGCAGUCAGGCCAACAAGAGCCAGAGUUCAGCAGGAAAUCAGGUCAUCCGUAAAGGCUGGUUGACCAUCAACAACAUCAGCAUCAUGAAGGGAGGAGCCAAGGAGUACUGGUUUGUGCUGACUGCAGAGAGCCUCUCCUGGUUCAAGGAUGAUGAGGAGAAGGAGAAGAAGUACAUGCUCCCCCUGGACAACCUGAAGGUCCGCGAUGUGGAGAAGAGUUUCAUGUCCAGCAAGCACAUAUUCUGCAUUUUCAAUACGGAGUCCAGGAAUGUGUACAAGGACAAUCGCACCUUGGAGCUGGCCUGUGACUCUCAGGAUGACGUGGAGAGCUGGAAAUCGUCUCUGCUUCGCGCUGGAGUCUAUCCUGAGAGGGCGAUCACGGUUGAGAGUGAGACCACCACCACCGCAGAUAACUUCUCUAUGGACCCUCAACUGGAGCGUAAAGUCGAAACUAUUCGUAACCUGGUGGACUCCUACAUGGCUAUUGUCAACAAGUGCAUCCGGGACCUCAUGCCCAAGGCCAUUAUGCAUCUCAUGAUCGGCAAUGUCAAGGACUUCAUCAAUGCAGAGCUACUGGCCCAGCUGUACUCUGCAGGGGACCAAAAUGCCCUGAUGGACGAGUCUCAGGAGCAGGCCCAGAGGAGGGACGAGGUGCUGAGGACCCACCAGGCCCUGAAGGAGGCGCUGGCCAUCAUUGGUGAUAUCUCCACCUCCACCAUCACUGUUCCGGUGCCUCCACCUGUUGACACAUCCUGGAUGGGAGACCAAAGUGGUGCACGCAGGUCUCCUCCAUCCAGUCCCACUGCCUCCAGGAGGAUGUCUUCAGGCCAGCGCCCGGCUCCCCGAGGGGCCCCGCCACCGCCAAAUCGCCCAGGACCCCUGGGGCCUUUCAAUAACACUGCUGACAGCCCGCAGGCUCCUAGCCGCCCAAACAGGGCUCCUCCUAGUAUCCCCAGCCGGCGGCCCCCUCCGUCUCCUACACGACAAGCCCCACCAUAAUCAUUCGGUGAGGGUUCCUCUCCUCUCUUCUCCCUCCGUCAUCCUCAUCCCUCCUCUCUUAGCCGUGGCCCGGCUGUCCUGUCCUCUCCUUAGUGCAGACACUGUCCUUGACCCCCUUUGACCCUCGAUUUCCUGCCAGGUGACGGUGUCCAUAUAUCUAUGUACAGUAUGGUACUUGUCUUGUGGUGUAUGUAUAUGUGCGCGUGUUGCUCGCCUGUGGUCCAGGUUUGCUUAGCAGAUCCACCACCCACCAGUCCCUGGGACCUCUACACCCCACCCCCCCCCCCCCCAACCCACACCCCCACCCCUCCCCCACGUACCCCUCACCAAGUCAGCCAUCAAACCCACUAGCUGCUUUCUACACGAAAAUACGCUCAGCAGUCGUACUGCCCUACUCAUUCCAAAAUGCAGCAUGGCACAUAAGCUGCUUUUAUUGCAUGGGAGUGUGUGUGCUAGUGUGUAUGUAAACAGGGGAGGGACUAAUUUGCCUAUAUGUAGGCUGAGUAUGGUUUAGUAUUGUAUUAAUUUAUUGUAUAUUACCCCCCCCCCUCCCCCACAGUAAGUGUUAAUUAUCAGCUUAAUGUUCUAAUAGGAACAGAAGUUGUAUCUUAGUAUGUGUGUGUGUGUGUGUGUAUUUGUGUGUGGGUCAUUUUGUGUAUGUGUGUGUAAGAGUGCGUGAGGAAACGUGUGCAUGUGCUGUCUGUCUGCACGCUCGUUGGCGUUUCAGUUGUAUUUGUUUUCAUGGUCAAAGCUGUUAAUGACGAAUCAUAAACCCCUUGCAGUUAAAUUUAAUGUUGGACUUUUGUGAGUUGUUCCUGUGUUGUAGUAGCAGCCAUACACACUUAGCAAGGUUGAGGAGCACCUUCAGUAUUCUCUUAUAUGGAAACAGCCUCAAUAAUGCAUUUACCCUCGUCAUAGGAAUCCACCUGUGCUGUAUCAAUGGUCAACUUGUGACCCAUGCAGCCUUACGCUCUGAUCCAGACGCUGACUGCUGAGAUCGAACUCGCCACUUGAAAAAAUAAAGGAAUUCAUAAAAAACAGUAGCGACUUAAUGUGGCAAUACACAAUCACAAGUUGAACAAAGAGCAUGCAUUGCGUGUUUCCAUUUAGCCUAUUUCUCAGGUCUGACCCAUGCAGCUCCAUGCACAUCACACACUACCAAUCUCUUCUCUAAACUCUUCUCAUUCCCCCUAUUCAAAAACCAUGGAAGCCCCGUCAGUCAGUCAGCAAGUGCAUCAGAGCUUAAGGUGCUGUUGUCAAUGUUCAAGUGCUUCUCUGUCAGGUUGUUGUUGUGUAUGUGGGCCCAAACUGUGUUCUGAUGUAUAUAGGUCAUGAUAAGGAGAUACUGUACCUGUGGACUAUAAAGACCUCAUCCAGGAUCCCAGCGCUUUAAUCGUUCUCUGUCUCUAUUCACUUAAACGCUCUCUUCUCUCUUUAGACUGCCUUACCGGCAUGAAUUACAAUUAUGUAUUGCCAAAGCUAAAUGGAGAGUGGGGGAAAAAAUGAAGAAAAAACAAUUAUGCUAAGACAGACAAUGAAGUGGUUCCAGGUGUAGUGGGAUGGCGUUGUUUAGCAGAAGGCAUAAUGUUAAACUGGGCAUCAGUUGUUAUUUUCUGUGUCACUGUAUCGCUCCUCAAUAAACUUCUUCCUCAUAAUGUGA